AUGACAACAACGCGGCACAAGCGCCGCCGGCAACUGGUCACAAAAGGCCUCGUUGGAGCCUGCUGCGGUGGUCAUCCCCCCAUUCAUGCAAAGAGCGCGGACUCUGAAGUGCUGGCUAAGGUUCUCGAAAUGCUGUCUGGGAUGGAUGCGAGGAUGCGGAAGAUGGAAGCCUUACACGCAAGGAUCAAAGAAGAUGAGAGGAUGCGCGGUGCCGACGAAAGCAGGUUGUUCACCUCGACGCUCGAAGCUGACUUUGCCGGUAGGCUUCAUCGCGGAGCAUGGAGAAUUCAUACCUCCGCGAACAACGUGGAUCACCGCAAGUUUAUUGUGUGA